CAGCCUGUUGGGCCUUUAAUUCUCCUGCUGGAUUGUCGGCAGAACGACAAAUAUAGUUUUGUAGAGCUGAUGUGUGUCUUCGCGUCUUUUUCAGCAGUUAAUUUGCAUACUAUCGCUUUUUAUUUCGAGUUAAAAAGGAUUGUUUUUUGGAUGCUUACUACUUGUAAAUUACAAUUUACCGGUGCCUACCUACGUUUUUGAAAAGAAAAAGAAAUAUUCAACCGAUCAAAAAAGAAAAAGAAAAAAGAAAUAUUCCCGUCGUUAACUUCUGGGGCGGUUACAGUUUUGUGCGGAAAAGACUUUCCUCUCUUUUAAAAUGAUCCCAUGACGGAGAUGGAAUCCGCUACUGUUACCAAAGCUCCCAGUUAAUCCCGGAAUGAGCGGAAAGAAGAAAGAGGUCAUUAGAUUAGAGCGUGAAUCUGUGAUUCCAAUUCUCAAGCCCAAGCUCAUCAUGACCUUGGCUAACCUCAUUGAACAUAGUACUGACCGGGCUGAGUUUUUAAAGCUCUGCAAAAGAGUUGAGUACACAAUUCGAGCUUGGUAUCUUCUACAAUUUGAGGACCUGAUGCAACUGUACUCCCUCUUUGAGCCCAUACAUGGGGCUCAGAAAUUGGAGCAGCAGAACCUAUCUCCUGAAGAUAUUGAUGUGCUAGAACAGAACUUCCUGACAUAUUUAUUUCAGGUGAUGGAAAAGAGCAAUUUCAAGUUAACAACUGACGACGAAAUCGAUGUUGCACUUUCGGGGCAGUAUCUUCUAAAUCUUCCAAUCACGGUGGAUGAUUCUAAGGUUGACAAGAAGCUUUUGAAGAAAUAUUUUGCAGAGCAUCCUCACCCGAACCUUCCAGAUUUUGCUGAUAAGUACGUUAUUUUCCGGCGUGGUAUUGGGAUUGAUCAGACAACUAAUUACUUUUUCAUGGAGAAAGUGGAUAUGAUCAUUUCACGUUUAUGGAGAUGUCUGUUGAGACUAACAAGGCUGGAAAAGCUUUUGAAACGGUCAAGUGGGCGGCAUAAGAAAGAUCCGAAGAAACAAGAUGAUAUCAGCUCUGAAGCAGAUGGUGAUGAUCUAUCUGUUGAACGGGUCCGUCUCGAAAAUAUGGAACUAAGUAUUAAAAAUUUGCUGGGCAAGAUCACAAUUCAAGAACCUACUUUUGAUAGGAUAAUUGUCAUCUACAGGCGAGCAAGUACAAAAUCUAAAAUGGAACGAGGAAUAUAUGUGAAGCAUUUCAAAAACAUUCCAAUGGCUGAUAUGGAAAUAGUUCUACCUGAGAAGAAAAACCCAGGAUUAACUCCAAUGGACUGGGUCAUAUUCCUAGGCUCUGCUAUAGUUGGGCUGGUUGCAGUAUUUGGUUCGCUUGAAAUGCCUAAAGCUGAUUUAUGGGUCAUCUUUGCCAUUCUAUCCACUGUGAUUGGUUAUUGUGCCAAGACAUACUUCACGUUUCAGCAAAACUUGGCUGCAUAUCAGAACUUGAUAACUCAAUCCAUGUACGACAAACAACUGGAUAGUGGAAAGGGUACUCUUCUUCACUUGUGCGAUGAUGUAAUUCAGCAGGAAGUCAAAGAGGUGAUCAUUUCUUUCUUUAUAUUGAUGGAACAGGGCAAAGCUACAAGACAGGAUCUUGAUAUGCGGUGCGAGGAACUAAUCAAACAAGAGUUUGGUGAGAGCUGUAAUUUUGAUGUUGACGAUGCAGCUCAAAAGUUAGAGAAACUAGGGAUUAUUGCUCGGGAUAGCCUUGGACGGUAUUAUUGCAUUGGGUUAAAACGGGCUAAUGAAAUUAUUGGAACCACCACUGAGGAACUUGUCCUCAAGGCAAAGCAGGGUGGUGGUGGUGGUGGUCCUUGAUGCUGUAGAGCUUCUGUUUCUUAUUGUCUUUGCUGGAUGUAGCUUCUGUUUCUUAUAUACAAUAAUACAAGUACUUGUUUUUGCUGUGCUGGAUGUAUUAAUGCUGUUAGACUUAUUUGCAGGGUGAUUAUUCUGCUUUGAAACAGCCUACACAGACUUAUCGCGUAUGGGAGUGAUUGUCUGUAAUCGAGAACUGUACGAGUUCUGAACUGUUCCCUCCAUCCCUCCAAGUUACAGGAAAGUAUAAUAGAGAAACUCCCGCUUAUGAAGAGGGACAAUUGUUGAUGGUUGUCAGUCA